GAAGUGGAGUUGUAGGUAAGUAAAAGAAGGGAGCCGCGGAGUGGAGCCGAAAAACAGUUUUGUAAAUUGUUGCGAAGAGAAUCUAAAAGCCCAGAAUAAGAUUCUCUCUCUCUCUCUCUCGAAGCAUCUCACUUGCUUGUGUUCAAGACUCCUCGAAGCAUCUCCUCGUGUCAGGCCGACAACAAGAAGAAGAAGAAGAAGAAGAAGAAGAAGACUCCAAGUGACCUCUGCAUCCGCUGCUCUGGGGAUGUAAAAAAACUGAGCAACAGCAGGAUGAGCAACAACGAAGGUUUUGACGGACAUAUACUGUCUGAGAAGCUCUCUAAACUCAACAAUUCACAACAAAGCAUCGAGUGUAUCCUCAAAAACAUACUACUUGCUGUAUCUGAUUUUUAGUGUCAUGGACUCGUUUAUCAUCUUCUGAGGGAGUCUUAUUUGUUUUUGUGCUCUUUCUCGUUGGUGUAUUUCUCAUCGGAAGAAAGCAAAGCAGAUUGUUGAAACAUGGGACAAGUAUUUCAAUUCUUCCCAAAAAGAUCAGCGUGUGUCUUUUCUAUAUCUGGCGAAUGACAUAUUGCAAAACAGUAGGCGAAAGGGCAGUGAGUUUGUGAAUGAAUUUUGGAAAGUUCUUCCUGCAGCUCUCAAGCAUGUUUAUGAAAAUGGUGAUGACCACGGAAAGAAAGCUGCCAUGAGACUGGUUGACAUAUGGGAUGAAAGGAAGGUUUUUGGUUCUCGAGGGCAAACUCUUAAAGAUGAAAUGACGGGAAAGAAUCCUCCUCCACCUAUAAGCAACGGAAAGAUUUCAAAUCCUAUCAAGAUAGUGAAGAGGGAUGCACACUCAGUUAGAAUCAAAUUGGCUGUUGGAGGUCUACCAGAAAAGAUACUCACCGCACUUCAACCUGUUCUUGAUGAACAUGCUAGCGAAGAAGCUGCUUUAAACAAGUGUAGUGUUGCUGCACAUUAUGUGGGUAAAAUAGAGGAAGAGGUUGAAAACAACUUGACUCAAGGGACUCAGCAGAGAUCUACAUUGUUGGAUGAUCUGAAGGAGCAGGAAGAUGUACUUAAUCUAUCUAUUGGACAGCUUGAAGCUGUGGCAGCAACAAGAUCUGCCUUGGUUUUGCAGCUUAAAGAAGCACUUCAGGACCAAGAACCAAAGCUGGAAGCUGUUCGCACUCAGUUACAAGUUACACAACAUCAGAUUGAGAAAGUAAGCAAUAUUAGAAGGAGACUGUCUUUGUCGCCACAAAGCAAUGUCAGUAACAUGACAGCUGAAUCUACAAGGAUGUUAGAACCAACUGGCAUCCAAUCGCAGCCUCCUAACCAACCUGUGAUUUCUUUUGCUCCUGUCAAAAUCACCGAUGAAGAGAACAAGAAAGCAGCAGCAGCUGCUGUUGCUGCUAAACUUGCUGCAUCCACAUCCUCUGCACAAAUGUUGACUUCUGUUCUUUCUUCUCUGGUUGCUGAAGAAGCUGCAUCUAUGUUUUCUCCAGAAAAAAGGCAGAAACUUGAGAAAUCUAUGUCUGUUUCUGAUGGCAAUGCUGAAGUUGGCAGUGCAGCCUAUUUUACCCCUCUACAACAGCAAACAAUGACUAGUGUGCCACUGGCACCAUCAACAAGCAUGCAAACUAUGUCCCAAGCUAACCAGAUGCAAAGUCCUUUUGGUCCGCCCCCACUGCCCCCAGCACCAUCUCAAUCUUCUGCAACUCCACCAUCGAAUCAGUAUGUCCAAACUGGUGGCCUUAUGGUGGGUGUAAUGCCUUAUGGAUAUGGAUCAAAUAAUUUGCCACCUCCGCCCCCCAUGCCUCCACAUAUUUCAAUGGGUCUGUCGAGGCCCACGCAACCCCAACAACAGUCACUGCCCCAGCAGCAGCAACAGCAACAGCAGGUGCAGCCAGCUAGUGGAGGUUAUUAUCGGCCGUUGGGUAUGGGGUUCUAUGGGCAAAGUAAUCAGUCAGCUUCACAGCCAGUUCCUCGACAAUGAGCACUGGACAUCAGCCAGGACAUCUGCAAGUUUAGCCAAGAUUUCCUCUUGGAAACUGUAUGGAACCAGUGGGAUUUCUUAUAGGUGUUGUGUUAUUAUGUAAAUUAGUAGAUAGAAGUUUCUUCUAAAUGUUUAGGCCUACCCUCCCUCAGUCAAUAUCUGCAGUCCUUUUAUGGCUUUUAGAAAGGAAGUUUCAUGAUAGCUCUAUUUCAAUUUGACAUGAAGUGCCUAACGUGAAUGUACCACCUGUGCCAAUUGCAUUGGCGUUGUAAACCAGAGUUUGGGGCGUCACUAAAAUUUGUACUUUGGAAUGUGCUUUGUUAGUAUCCUCAGGUGCCUCCAAGAGGCCGAAACCCAGUUAGCUUUGACAUGAGCCCCAGUCAAACGGAUUUUGUUGACCCACCCUAUGAGUGGGGACUAUGCUUUGUUGCUUACAUACUUGGAUUCGUGGUUAUAGCACGACUUAUAAUCGUAUGCAUUAAUCUUUA